GUGUGUGUGUGUGCUGGUGAGGGGCACUUUACUUACCUUCUUCUGAAGCCUUGAGAUUUGCGAUUUGGUGGGCGUGUUGCAACUACAGGUUCAUAGGUGUCACCUGUUUUUAACUCUGAACAUCGUCUUAGUGUCAUUUGUUUUUCUCUUCGAGUGACAAGUCUACCAUGAAGAUGUUUUUGCGUGUGUGCAAAAAAUUCAAUGCACAUGCAAAGUCUUUUCCUCAUAAACCCUGAAACUUUAGUGACACCCAUCCAGACCAGAGAACAAUCCUGCUACAUGCUAUGCUACAGAGCAAUGACCAUGACAAGAAUCAACUUCUUCAUUUUUCUUUGUACAGCUGUGGAGGCAGACAUAGGAAAACACGUUUUUAUUACAGAGAAGAAAGAUUGGGAAACAGCUCGAUCUUACUGUAGACAGCAUUACACUGAUCUUUCCAUGGUUUAUAGCCAGAGUGACCAAGACAAGCUUUUCGAAGCUGCAGGUGGAAACUAUAGUAAGGGAUGGAUCGGUCUCUACAAAGAUGAACAGGACACCUGGCAGUGGUCAGUAGGGGGAGAGGUCCCAUACCUAAAUUGGGGUACAAAUCAACCAAAUAAUCUUUGGCAAGAACAGGACGCUGUACACCUAUUCCCAUCUGGAAAGUGGAACGAUUGGAGAAGGAGUACAAAAAUGGAUUUUUACUGCUUCCACACCAUAACUGUGGUGGAAAUGAGAAGUACCUGGGAGGAGGCUCUCGAGCACUGCAGGGAGUCAUAUACUGAUCUUCCCAGCCUGCUCUCUGAGACAGACCGUCACCUGGGCCAGAGAGAAAUCAAGAAAGCCCAGAUCACUGACCCAGUGUGGAUUGGCCUGCGUUUUCUGAAUGAUCGCUGGAUGUGGACGAACAAUGACUCUCUGGUGUAUGAAGACUGGCCCGAAGGAGACGACCACCAGUGUCCAGAGCGAAAACGCUGUGGUGCUCUAACCACAGAUAAAAUGUGGGUGAACUUGGACUGUCAGGAUAAAUUACCCUUCAUCUGCAUCUGAGAAAUUCACCAUAUUUGCUUGUAAAUGGCUUUAAAUCAAUUUUUUCACCGUCUUUUAUUCCAGGAACGACACGUUAAAAUACAGAAUAUGUAAGCAUCAGGUGUAUUUAAUUCAACUUCAAAUCCAACUUGAAAGUCUAGAGAAGAGAUCAGCUGUCAUUUCUCAUUGUUUUCUUAUUUGUGACGCUAUUACCCUUCAUUAUUUUUUUUUUGCUGUUGACCGUACCUGAUCGACCAGGCCACUGUGUAAGAAAAAAGCCAGACUGUCAUAAUUAUUUAUUUAUUUAUAAAAAAUAAUGUUAUAAAAUCUUACAUAUUUAUUUAUGGCAAUGAACAUGAAAUCAUUGAAUCGUGAAAUAGACCCAUGCUCAACAAGCUUCUACAAAAUUGAUGUAUAAAAAUGAUUGCGCUCUCAAAGAAAUGACAACUCAAACGUAGUUUUGGGACAUUAUUAGACACUUGUAAUUGAGAAUUGAUGCUAUGGGCCACAGCACAAAAGAGCCCUUUAAUGGGUCAGAGGGCAAAACUGCAUGUUCACGGUAGAUAGUCACUGAAUUUUGACAAAAAGAUUGGAAGAAUUUUUUAUCCUACCUGAUGUAUUGUUCUAAAUUAUAGUUAAAGGUUAUAUCAAGAGAAAGUUUUGUUUCAU